UCCUCGUCACAAGAUCAUCACCAAAACAUUAAUUAUCAAUAAUUAUCCACAUUUACAUGAUCAGCCACACCUCAGCCAAUCACAGCAGAGGGGGAGCGCGCCUCGGCCAAUCACACGCCAGGACAGCACAGGAGGGCGGGUCCAGGACUGCUCUUUAAACCUGAAAAAAAAACACAACAAGAACUAAACCAGGACUAAACUAGGACUAAACCAGGGCUAAACAAGAACUAAACCAGAACUAAACCAGGACUAACACAGGUCUAAACCAGAACUAAACCAGGACUAAACCAGAACUAACACAGGACUAACACAGGUCUAAACAAGAACUAAACCAGGACUAAUGCAGGAAUAAACCAGGACUAGACCAGGACUAGACCAGAGCUACACCAGGACUAAACCAGGACUGAACCAGGAUUAAAGCAAAUCUAAGUCAGAGUCCAGAAUGAGGGACACAAAGAUCCAGGUCCAGAACGGGUCUGAGCCUGAGACCUGGUCUGGAUCUGAUGAGCUCGUCUUCUUCGUCAACGGCAAAAAGGUGGUGGAGAAGAGUCCAGACCCUCAGAUGACCCUUUUGUUUUACCUGCGCAGGAAAUUGGGUCUGACAGGGACUAAGUUGGGCUGUGCUGAGGGCGGCUGUGGCGCCUGCACCGUCAUGAUCUCACGAUACCACCUGGACUCACAGCGCCCCCUUCACUUGGCGGUGAACGCGUGUCUGGCUCCUCUCUGCUCGCUGCAUCUCGCUGCCGUCACCACCGUCGAAGGGAUCGGCUCCACCGCCCGAAAACUGCACCCGGUCCAGGAGCGUAUCUCUGGCGCUCACGGGUCUCAGUGCGGCUUCUGUACUCCAGGACUCGUCAUGUCCAUGUACACUCUGCUCCGGAACAACCCCACUCCCCCUUCAGAGCUCCUGCACCAGGCCUUUCAGGGAAACUUGUGUCGUUGUACUGGGUACAGACCCAUUCUGGAAGGAUUCAAAACCUUCACCCUCACCCAGGACGGCGUCAGAGCCAAACAGAACGGAGACCUGAGUCUGGACCACGAGAAAGUCCAGAACGGUGGCUGCUGUGGAGGCAGGACCAACGGCUGCUGCAUGAACCAGGACCAGGGUCUAGACCAGGACUUGGACCGGGACUCGGACUCGGGUCUGAGUCGGGCUCUGUUUGACGCCUCAGAGUUCAUGCCCUUUGACCCCACACAGGAGGUCAUCUUCCCCCCGGAGCUCAUCUCCCUGACUCGGUCCAGAAGGUCCCGGUCUCUGGUCUUCAGGAGUCCUCGCUGCACUUGGUUCCAGCCAGUUUCUCUGGACCAGCUCCUGGACCUGAAGUGGACCCACCCUGAGUCCAGGAUCGUGGUUGGAAACACAGAAGUGGGGGUGGAGGUGAAGUUUAAAAACAUGGAGUAUCCGUUCCUCAUUUCUCCGACUCAGGUCCCGGAGCUGAACUCAGUGCAACACACGGAGACAGGUCUGGAGUUUGGCGCCGCCGUGAGCCUGGACCGCAUGGAGGCGGAGCUACAGAACGCCGUGAGGUCACUUCCUGCGUGUCAGACGGAGGUGUUCAGAGCCGCUCUGGAGCAGCUGCGCUGGUUCGCCGGGAAACAAAUCCGAAACGUGGCUGCUCUUGGAGGAAACAUCAUGACGGCGAGUCCCAUCUCAGACCUGAACCCCGUCCUGAUGUCCACAGCUGCCAAACUCACACUGAGAGACAGAGAGGGCGUCAGAGAGCUGCACAUGGACCAGGAUUUCUUCACUGGUUACAGACGCACGGCGGUUCGGCCAGCAGAGGUCCUCGUGAGCGUCACCCUGCCCUACAGCCGACAGGGGCAGAUCGUUCGUUCGUACAAAACUUCUCGCCGUCGGGAGGAUGACAUCAGCAUCGUCACGGCGACCUUCAGCGUGACCUUUGAACCCAGGUCGAGUCGGGUUCACGACUUGAGGCUCGCCUUCGGGGGAAUGGGCCCCACCACCGCCCUCGCCACGGCAACGGGUAAAGCACUCCAAGGAAGGUCGUGGGGGGAGGAGCUUCUGCAGACCGCCUGCUCCUCAUUGGCCGCUGAGAUGACCCUGGACCCGUCGUGUCCGGGCGGGAUGGUGUCCUACAGAAGAACCCUGGUCCUGAGUCUCUUCUACAAGUUCUACCUGAGCGUCCUGCAGAACCUCGCCCAGCAGGGUUUGUCGGUGGAGUCGGUUCCUCCCGAGUUUCUCAGCGCCACAGAAAUCUUCCACCCUCCAACGCCCUCUAGUGUCCAACUCUAUCAGGCGGUGCCGGCGGGUCAGGCGGUGGAGGACGUGGUGGGGCGCCCCCUGCAGCACGUGAGCGCGGCGCAGCAGGCGAGCGGCGAGGCCCAGUACUGCGACGACCUGAGGCCCACCGACGGGGAACUGUACCUGAGUCUGGUCUGCAGUACCAGACCGCACGCCAAAAUACUGUCCGUGGACUGCUCCGAGGCCCGGGCGGUACCGGCUGUGGUCUCUGUUCUUUUGGCUGAGGAUGUUCCUGGAUCCAACUCAACCGGACCCGUCGUCUACGACGAGACCGUGCUGGCCCAGGGAGAGGUGACCUGUGUGGGUCAUGUGAUCGGCGCCGUCGUCGCGGAGACUCAGGCCGACGCCCAAAGAGCCGCCAAGAUGGUGAAGGUCCAGUACCAGGACCUGCCCGCAGUCAUCACCAUCCAGGAAGCAAUUAAGGCCCAGUCAUUCUAUGAGCCAAUCAGGACGCUCGAAAAGGGAGACCUGGAGGCGGGGUUUAAGCAGUCCGACCACAUCCUGGAGGGUGAGCUGCACCUGGGGGGGCAGGAGCACUUUUACCUGGAGACCAACACGACGGUGGCGAUUCCCCGAGACCAGAACGAGAUCGAGAUCUUCAGCUCCACCCAGGCCCCGUCCAAGACCCAGUCCCUCGUUGCCAGGGUUCUGGGCGUCCCAUCGAAUCAUGUCCAUGUGCGGGUGAAGAGGAUGGGCGGCGGCUUCGGAGGAAAAGAGACCAGAACCACCGUCCUGUCCACCGUUGUCGCCCUGGCAGCCCACAGGCUGAGGCGUCCGGUGCGGUGCAUGUUGGACAGAGACGAGGACAUGUUGGUGAGCGGAGGACGACACCCGUUUUACGCCAAAUAUAAGGUCGGGUUCUCUGAGUCCGGGCGGGUCCAGGCCCUGGAUGUGACGUUCUACAGCAACUGCGGGAACUCCCUGGACCUGUCCUCGUCUGUGAUGGAGCGCGCUCUGUUGCACCUGGAGAACUCGUACCUGGUCCCGAACGUUCGCGGUCGUGGCUUCAUGUGUCGCACAAACCUCCCGUCCAACACGGCGUUCCGAGGCUUCGGAGCGCCGCAGGGAAUGAUGGUCUGUGAGGACUGGAUCAGCGCCAUCGCCAUGAAGCUCGGGAGAGCACCCGAGGAGAUCCGGGACUUGAACCUGUACUCUGAGGGGGACCUGACGCCGUUUAACCAGGCCCUGGAGAACUUCACCCUGCGGCGCUGCUGGGACGAGUGUUUGGACCGGGCCAAGUUCUACGAGAGACGGGCCCAGAUCCAGGACUACAACAGGCAGAACCGUUGGACCAAACGAGGCAUCGCUGUGAUCCCCACCAAGUUCGGUAUCGCCUUCAACGCCGCCUUCCUCAACCAGGCUGGAGCUCUGGUCCACAUUUACACUGACGGUUCGGUUCUUUUGGCUCACGGAGGAACUGAGAUGGGCCAAGGACUCCACACCAAGAUGAUUCAGGUGUGCAGUCGGGCGUUGGGAAUUCCCGUCUCAAAGAUCCACGUUUGCGAGACGAGUUCUGCGUCUGUGGCGAACACGAGUCCCACGGCGGCGUCCGUCUCCUCCGACCUGAACGGCGCCGCGAUCCUCAACGCCUGCGACGCCCUGAACCAAAGACUCCAGACCUACAAGGACCGAGACCCCACCGGGACCUGGGAGAGCUGGGUGAAGGCGGCGUACUUUGACAGAGUCAAUCUGAGCGCCAACGGCUUCUACAGGGGUCAGAGGUCAGAGGUCAGGGAUCAGAGGGUUGAAGGGCGCCUCGUUAACUAUUUCUCCUACGGCGUCUGCUGCAGCGAAGUGGAGAUCGACUGUCUGACCGGGACGCACCAGAAUCUGUGCACUACCAUCGUGAUGGACGUCGGGAACAGCCUGAACCCCGCCAUCGACAUCGGACAGGUGGAGGGGGCGUUCGUUCAGGGUGUGGGCCUCUUCACUCUGGAGCAGCUCCUCUACAGUCCAGACGGGGUUCUUCUGACCCGAGGACCAGGAACCUACAAGAUCCCAGGGUUUGGAGACAUCCCCACCCACCUGCAGGUGUCUCUGCUGCGGGACGCCCCCAACGCCAAGGCCCUGUACUCCUCCAAGGCGGUGGGGGAGCCGCCGUUGUUUCUCGCCGCGUCCGUGUUCUUUGCGCUGAAAGACGCCAUCGCCGCGGCGCGUUUGGAGGCGGGGCUGAGCGGCCCCUUCCGAUUGGACAGUCCGGCCACAGCAGAAAGAAUCCGCACGGCGUGUGCCGACCGCUUCACCGCCAUGUGUCCUGCAGCUGAACCUGGGACCUACAAACCCUGGGCCGUACUGAUCUGAGCCAGGCCAGAACCAGACCGGGACUAAACCUGGACUAAACCUGGACUAAACCUGGACUAAACCAGGACUAAACGCACAGCCCCCCCCCCCAUAUAUACUGAUAUAUAUAUAUUGAUUUGUUGAUAUCGACACAUUUAUAAUCUAAAAGGAUCCAAACACGUCUGUUGAUUUCAGACUCACGUUUAUUUUAUUUUUUAAUUCAUUUUCUUUCUCACUCGUUGUUCAGGUGCAGAACCCCCCCCCCAUACUCUCUGAAUACUCGAGUACUUUAUACUCUAAUACUCUCUGAAUACUCAAAUACUUUAUACUCUAAUACUCUCUGAAUACUCAAAUACUUUAUACUCUAAUACUCUCUGAAUACUCAAAUACUUUAUACUCUAAUACUCUCUGAAUACUCAAAUACUUUAUACUCUAAUACUCUCUGAAUACUCGAGUACUUUAUACUGUAAUACUCUGAAUACUCAUGUACUUUGCUGUAACUAAUUGUGA